GCAGCCCCUUUUCUUCCAGAAUCUUUACAGCCUACUGCUCUUGGUUAUGCCUGUGACUUGGCCAACUAAAUGUUUCUCCUGAGUCUUAUCAAGGUUAUCUUGCAGACUUCAAGGCCUCUGUCCUAUUUCCUAGGCCAUGUAUGCAUUUGAAGAAUUCAGUGAACAGAGUAUAUGCCAAGCCCGGGCAUCAGUUAUGGUUUAUGACGAUACCAGUAAGAAAUGGGUGCCAAUAAAGCCUGGACAGCAAGGCUUCAGCCGAAUCAACAUCUAUCACAACACGGCCAGCAACACAUUUAGAGUAGUUGGAGUUAAACUUCAAGAUCAACAAGUAGUGAUUAAUUAUUCAAUUGUGAAAGGACUGAAGUACAAUCAGGCAACACCAACAUUCCAUCAGUGGCGUGAUGCACGGCAGGUUUAUGGACUGAACUUUGCUAGUAAAGAAGAGGCAACAACAUUUUCAAAUGCAAUGCUAUUUGCCCUAAAUAUCAUGAACUCACAGCAAGAUGGAGGUCCCACAACCCAGCGCCAGGUUCAGAAUGGACCUUCUCCAGAUGAAAUUGAAAUUCAGAGAAGGCAAGCAAUGGAGCAGCAGCAGCAGCAACGCCAGGAAUCUCUGGAAAGAAGAACCUCUACCACAGUCUCCACCCUUCAGAUUAAAGUGUCUUCUUCCCCUUUUCACUGCCAGUCUCCUCCUCCUGACUACAAUAACUACAAUGCUUCUACUUCCACUGGUGCGGUCGUUCCUCCUCCUCCUCCUUACGCCAAAGCAAUCUCAUCAGCAUCUCCUCUCCCUGAAUCUGCUAGCAAGGCCUCUUUCAAGUCUGCUCAUGGGGCCAGGGAAUCCCCUCUGCUUUGCCACCAAUAUUCUUUCUCUGGGUUCCCGUCAUCUCCUGGCCCUUCCUUUCCACCAACUUGGCCAGGCUACAGAACUGUUACACGAAGCACCAAGGAAAUCUCUUUAUCUCCACCUCUUGCCUCUGCUUCCCCCCAUCAGUCCAUAAGAUGUUCUUCCCUGUCAUAUUCUCCUCAGUCUGUUUCUCCUCCUGUGACCUUUACAUCCCCUGUACAAAAGGGGCUGAUCCUGCAGCCCCAUAUUCCAGUGGUCCUUCCUGUGAUUGCUGCCCAGAAUGGCAGAAUCCAGGGGUCUACAGAUGCAGUGGUCCAAGAUGCCUCAGCAAAUGUACCUCAGUCAGGUCUGAAUGGCCAGCAUGAAGAUUGUUUAGCUACACAAAUUCCUCUAAGCUCCUCUAGGACACAGGUAAAGAGAAAAGAUCAAUCUUUUUUCUCCUACUUAGAAGCAGUGCCCAUUUCACACUUACCUGUUGUGACCAGCCCACCUGGAUCCUUUAUCCAGGCUUUUUCUUGGCCCUCCCAACAGUUGCCUCAUUCUCCACACCAGCUCUAUCCAUCUAUGUCACACUUUGUUUCAUUACACCCUCAUUAUGCUGCUAUAUCUGAGAUGAAUUUGUCCAAGAGGACCCCUUCUUACAUGACUUCAUCUACCUUUUCCCACAUGAGUCCUGCCCUGCCACCAGGUCACCCCUCUGUUGCCACUGGAAUACCCACAUCGUCUGGUGGACCACCCCCUCCCCCUCCCCCUCCUCCUCCACCUACAGGAACUGCACCACCUCCUCCUCCCCCAUUGCCAGCAGGCGGUGGAGGAACUAGCACUGAUGACGGAUCAGUGUCGGGACUAGCAGCGGCUCUGGCUGGUGCCAAACUAAGGAGAGUGCAACGGCCAGAGGAUGGGUCUGGAGGUUCUAGUCCCAGUGGUGCUUCCAAGAAUGAUGCCAAUCGAACAAGUAGUGGAGGAGGUGGACUUAUGGAGGAAAUGAAUAAACUGUUGGCGAAAAGGAGAAAAGCAGCAUCCCAGUCAGAUAAGCCAGUGGACAAAAAAGAAGAGGAAAGCCAAAACGAAGAUGCUAGCACUUCCCCUUCACCUGUUACACGAGGCCCUGUCCAACAGCAGAAUUCUUCAGAUGCUGGGAAGAAACUUUGGGAGAGAAGCAACUCCAUGGAAAAACCGGUCACUUCAUUACUGUCUAGAAACCCAACAGUGGGGAGAAGUCCUGAAUCUAAAGGCCCCGUUCAGUUUCAACCAUCUUUUAGGAUGAAGCCAGCAAGCAGCAGCAACGAUGUGGCAAUGGACACUUUAGAUUUUGAUCGUAUGAAACAAGAAAUAUUGGAGGAAGUUGUAAAAGAGUUACACAAAGUAAAAGAAGAGAUAAUUGAUGCCAUCAGGCAGGAAUUGAGUCGAAUCAGCACAACAUAAUGGCUAUGAGACCAUCUGGAAGUUGCAAAGGACAUGACAAGUGAUGGAUCAUUUCUAAGUGUACCAAGAUCAUGCAGAAGGUGAAAGAGGACACGUGACAGCAUCUUUUGUUUUUAAAAUCCUUUUUAUUAGCAGACUCAGCAGACUUUGAAGCUUGCUACUGCCUUGGAUUUGCUUCAUUUAAAAAAGAAAGAAAAAGUCUUAAAAUCUUUGAAAUGGAAAAUAUUGAAAAUUUAUCUGGAUUUUUAAAAUUUCAUCUGACAAUGCACAUCAGAUUUGGUCAGUCUUUUUGAAUUUUGUAUUUGCUUAUUUAAAUGUAUGACAUUUUUGUUUUUAGUAUAUAGUAGGUAAGGAAACAUGUGAUCCAUUUGCUUUUAUUAGAUGACUUCAAAAUAAUUUUACUGAUAGUCUGCAGUGUAAAUGACAACCUUUUUUGCCAACAGAACAUAAUUAGUGGCAUCACUAGUUGAGGCCAGAGGAUGCCAGCUGUCAGCCAGGAAGUCCCUGGUCUCAAAACUACCACAAUAUUAAAGCAGUACAUCAGUGCAUCACAGUAUCUGUGCUCAUACUGGUAAUAAAUUGUUCAUUGUC